ACCUUUUCUUCUUCUUCUCUUGCCUUGGUUUAUCUAAUUCCUUUUCGGGGUUCGAGCGAGGAGCGAUUGUCGCUGGUUGAGUGUCGUUGAUACCAUAGUUGACGGGAGAGCCAUCAUGGACGGCCCAACACUUCUGGCGCGGAAAAACGACCCGUCGUGCAAGUUACCGUCCCCGCUUAAUCCUAUUCCGACGGACCCGAUCGUCGGGUCAAAAGACUUCUACCAUGUGAACGUUAUUGUAUCGGGAGCAUUGGCUGUCUUCUCUAUCGUGGUGACAUUCGCCUUGAUAUGGCGGCACAUAACACACAUGAGCCGGCCGCGGGAGCAGCUAUACAUCAUUAGAAUCUGUCUCCUCCUUCCCAUCAUCGCCGCAGUCUUUUGGGUGGGAAUUUACAUCCCGCGAUACUACGUCUAUACGUACGCGAUAGUCGUAUUCUGCGAGCCGGUGACGCUGAUGUGUUUCUUCCUCUUCAUCUGCGAGACGCUUGCUGCGCCCAUCUCGGGGCCAGCGGCCUCGACUCCGCCCUCGCGCCGCGAUGUCUUUUUAUCGCCGCUCGUCGCCCGUGCUCGAUUGAACGGGGUUUCGGUCACCGAUAAGAGCGUGUUCAACCCCUUCCGCUUCAAUUGGUACGGUAUCGCGCAGAACGUCCCCAUCAUCUGGGCUGUGGCGUUCGCCAUUAUCGCCACCGAAGCCGCGGGCGUAUAUUGUCUGACGGCACAUGAUGUGCACCACGCGCAUAUAUACCUGAUUGUGUUCAAGACUAUCAGCACCUUCGCUGCACUUCUCCACGUCCUCCGUGAGGUACUACCAGUAAGGGCAGAAGUCAAGAAGCAUAGGGCUAUGGCGAAGCUUUGGGGUUUCAAAGCUUUAAUCUUCUUGCAGGUAGCGCAAGAUUUCAUCUUUUCAAUCAUCGACUCACGUGCCCCGCCCGCUAUAACAGAGUCUACCAAGAUUAGCCAGGUGGACUUCAUAACCGGAGUUCCCGCUCUAGUCGCGGAAAUCGAGCUCGUCAUCUUUUCAGUAUUCUUCCACUAUGCGUAUAGCGUGGGCGUGUACCGGCUAUCAGACGAGCAGAAGCGUGCAGGAGAGCAUUACAAAGGAUAUGGCUGGCGUCUGAUUUACAAAGUCUUCGACAUCCGUGAUGUUUUCGCCUUGAUCCAGUUUCCUUUCCACAUCCGCGAGGAGGUAGUGAGUAAAGAGGCGGAAAUGCGGACCCUCCAAACAAGUGAGAACAACGAGGCGUUGCCGGAGAGAAAGUCGCCGUAUCAGCAGUCUAUAGAGAUGGAAGCGGCCACGCAUAAUCAAUAAAUCCUAGGAGACAUUAGGGAGAUAGAAGACGAUAUUUACGCCACGAAUAUUACGCAAUUACUAACUUACACUCAUUUGCCGCUAUCGUUUAUGAUUGGCACUGCAUGAGAGGCAUCAUAUGGGUACCAUUGAACGGCAGAUUUAGUCAUCUCAGCAACGUUUAAGACGCAGCACAGUUCCAGCAAGCCCAAAUAUCAUUCUAACGAGAGGGUUGGGUUGGGAUACGAUGAUUUUAUUAAAACUGCCUAAGGGGGGUUUGUUAUGCAUG